AGCUGCUGCCGGAAGAUGGAGACCACCGAGCCUACCAAGGGAUCGCGGUCUGGAUCUUUGGACGUGCAGCCUGGCGCUGGAGGGCUCAGGUCUUCUUCAGAACCGUUUCCUUUGGAUGGCCGUCCUAGGUCGGUCCUGGCAGCUGCAAAUACUGCAUCUGCAGCUGCCUCCACCGCCAAAACCGAUGCGUUAUCUACGAAGACCCGAGUCCGCUACUCUGAGCCGAGUGUUCUCAUGGACCGCUCCUCUGACAGUCUUCCUGGGGAGCCCUGCACUGGAGCCAGCUUUACCCACAAGAUAGACCAGAGAAGACUUGGCUUUGAGCCUGUCUAUGCUUCCCGUUUCACCCAGGAUCCCUGUACUACAAAUGACCGUAGCUCUAGUCCUGGCCCUGUUACUGGCUCCAGUUCUGGUCCUGGCCAUGGCUCUGGCCCUGGCUGUGACUCUGGUCAAGGGACUGGUUCUGAUUCUGGCCCUGGUCCUGCCACUGAAUCUGGGCCUAGUCCAGACCGUGGCCAUGACCCUCAGCUCAGCCUCUGCAAUCUCCCAAACUUCAGAAACCUUGGGGCAGAGCUGAUCCCUAAUUAUUCCUGCUGGAAUCACUACUGCUGCUGGGAACCUCAGAAACAACCCUGGAAAAGUUUGCAAGUCCCAGAACCUGGUGCACGAGGGCAAUGGAAGACCCCCCAAGUUGAAGAGAAGUGUAAGGUUCUCAAAGAAACAUUGCCACGGGGACACUGCCUUCUCUACAACUGGGAGGAGGAGAGAGCCACCAACCACCUGGAUCGAGUCCCAAGCAUGCAGGAUGGCUCCGAGAGUUUCUUCUUCCGACAUGGACACCAGGGACUGCUGACCCCACAGCAACAGUCACCCAUGUCCUUCAGGACCACCCAGAAAGACUCGUACCAGCCCCCACGAAACUACUAUCAACCAAUUCGAGGAAAGCGGGAAGCCAUGCUGGAGAUGCUCCUGCACCAUCAGAUCUGUAAAGAGGUGCAGGCAGAGCAGGAACCCACAGGGAAGCACUCUGAGGUCGAGUCUGUGACACACCAUGACUACCAAAAGGAGCUGGUACACGCCGGGCCUCCUGCCCCAACCAAGCCUCAUGACUACCGUCAGGAGCAGCCUGAAACCUUUUGGAUACAGAGGGCACCGCAGCUACCGGGUGUCAGUAACAUCAAGACACUGGACACACCAUUCCGGAAGAACUGCAGUUUCUCAACACCAGUGCCUUUGUCUCUGGGGCAGCCUUUGCCCUAUGAACCUGAGAAUUCUUCCCACCAACUGGGAGAAAUAUCCUCCCUUGCCUGUCAGGGAGCACAGGGUGGGGAAAUGGGUAGAACUACUAUCUAAGAGUUGAGGCGGGAAGAGGGGUGUGGAAUACAGAAUCCAUUUCCGUCUGUACUGGAGAGGUGGGAAGGAAGGCGAUUCUGUCUGUACUUGGUGAAGG